GCUGAGAUGGAGGCCCCGCUCCCUGGUCUCUCCCUGCUCCUGCUUCUCCUGGCAGUGGGAAUGGGAAGCGGGGCAGUUGCAGCCUGGGCACCAUCUCCUGGCAGCUGCAAGCUUGCACAGAGCACUGCAGACUGCACUGGGAGAUGGCUGAGCUCCAUCCCAGGAAAUCUUCAAGGUGAUACCAAGGAGCUGUUGCUUGAUGACAACACUAUCCAGGUCCUGGGCAAUGCCUCUCUGCUACGGUACCACCAGCUCUGUCAUCUCAGCUUGCUCAGGAACCGUCUGGAGCUCAUCGAGCCAGGCGCCUUCCUCAGCAGCCAAGGCCUCCAGGUGCUCUCCUUGGCAGACAACCUCCUCUUCACCAACUACUCACUGACAGCAGCUGCUCUUUCUGCUCUGCCCGCCUUGAGGACGCUGGAUCUAGCUGGAAACCACCUCACUGAGGACAUGGUGUCAGUUUUAGUCUGGAACUUGUCUUCCUUGGAGUCCCUGUCCGUGGCCAGGAACGUCAUCAUGAGGCUGGACUCGUCCAUCUUCACAAACCUGACACAACUGCUGGAGCUGAAUGUGGAGAAGAACUACAUCUUUGAGAUUGACCAAGCUUUUGAAGGGCUGCAGAGGCUGCAGAGGCUCAGUGUAGCUUACAACUACCUCCCGUGUGUGGUGGAGUUUGGCCUGACCCAGCUCAGGGUGCUCAAUGUCAGCUACAACAUCAUUGAGUGGUUUCUGGCUGUGGAAACCGAUGACCUCUUUGAGCUGGAGGUGCUGGACCUGUCCCACAACCGCCUCCUGUUCUUCCCUGUGCUGCCCCGGCAGAGCAAGCUGCGCUCCCUGCUGCUGCAGGACAACGAGCUGAGCUUCUACCAGCGCCUCCCCAACGGCACGUCCUUGGCCAACGUCACCGUGCAGUUCCUGAUCAUCGAUGGCAACUCCACCAACAUCACCACGGUCAGGCUCUGGGACGAGCUCUGCCACAUCAACCUCUCCUCCCUGCGCCUCCUGGACAUGAGCCAGAACCAGGUCUGGUACCUGCCGGAGGGUUUCCUGGCCCAGAUGCCCUCCCUGACCCACCUGAAGCUCAACCAGAACUGCCUGGAGGCAUUUCACCUGUCGGAGGACAAUCCCUUAGCCAUGCUGACAGAGCUGGACCUCAGCCAGAACCGGCUGGUGGAGCUGGGGAUGGAGGUGGGUGCUGGGGACAUCCUGUCCAACCUGCAGCUCUUCAACCUCAGCACCAACAGGCUGCGGGCACUUCCUCCCGGGGUUUUCACCCACACCAGGAAUAUCACUACCAUGGACCUCAGCCGCAACCAGGUUGACCUCUGCCCCCAGCCAGACCUUGCAGGUGAGGCAGAGGGUCCUCCCUGUGUGGACAUCAGGGGUGUGGAGACCUUGACCCAUCUGUCCUUGGCUGGCUGUGGUCUGCAGGGCCUGGGUGGACACCCCUUCCGGGGAACAUCACUGAUGCAUCUGGACCUCUCUGACAACCACCGGGCCCUGUCUGGAGACCUGGGGUGGCUGCAGGACCUU